AUGCAAGAACCGGUUUUGACUGUCUCGAUCACCACCCCGCAAUCCUGGGCGCAACAAAAUGCCAUCAAACGGCGACGGGUUCCUCGAUCACCGCGGCGCAAUGCUAUCUCCCUCAAGCACUUGGAUCCCAAGGUGAAGAAGGCCAAGGAAGAGUUUCUGUCCAAGGCCAUUGCCAGUCAAUUACAAAUCAGAAGGUCUCCCUCCAACGGACUCCAGCUUGAUCCUUUCCAGACCCUGCCCAUCCCAAGCACUGGCUGCGUGGGAACCAUGGCCCAAUAUUAUGUCCAGGUCUGGGCGCCUCAGCAUGGCACCGCAUUUGCCUUUGACAGUCAUUCUAACCCUUAUGUGAGCCUGCUUUGGCCUUUUGCCAUGUCAUCCGAUAUCUACUUUGAGGGCCUCAUCGCUCUAUGUCGAGCUACAUACCUCGCCACUUCGGGCCAGUCCGCUCGUGGCGACCGACACUUUGUAUGGCACCGGGGAAAUGUCAUGACUAAACUGCGCUCUCGACUUCAGGAUCCUCAACAGUGUUCAGACGAUACUACCAUCCUCGUCGUGGCGACCUUGGGAACGAUUGAUUAUAUUCUGGGCGACCACACCGGUGCCUACGCUCAUGUCUCGGGUAUGAGGCAGAUGAUCAGGCUAAGGGGUGGGAUCAACGGUGCUACACCUUGGGAACGAUUGCUCAAGGCAAAUAUCGACGCCUAUGAGGCGCUAUGGUCGUUUCUGUUUGCGGCAGAUUCGACACCUGACAAGUCAACUCGGUACUCUGGAGAACUGGUCCAAAAUGCCGAAUUCCCCGUCUACAUGGCCCAUCCCUUCAAACCUGAAGUCUGUGAGAUGUUGUCCAAGUUGCCCCAAGGCUUCUGUGACAUUGGUCUGACGGGGGUGCUUUCGCUACAAAUGAUUCGACUGCUGUCCCAUUUUGCCACGGUGAAGGCGAAAUUGUCGGAUACCAUCCGCGUCGAAGAAUUCGGUGUCACCUCGAGAAGGAAGAUCCAGACGACCCUCGAAGAUCUUCAUCGACUUGCUACUCUGCAAACCACCACUACAGAGAGAUUUCUAUCUCACGGUCUGGUGGCAUACUGCUACCUGUUGCGAGUGAUUCACUUUCAAGAUCAUCUUACUGGCUUUUACGAGACAGCUCUGAAAGCUCUAGCGGACAUUGCUCUGCACCAAACGCCCAGUCACAAAGCGCCGGAACGCAAGUGUUAUCUCUGGACGAAUAUGAUGAUUGCGACUGUGAUACAGCAUGGACAGAUUCGUCCCCGUGGCUGGACAACUGUCAUGGGACAAUUCUUGGACAACUACGGCGAAGCUCGACAAUGGAAAAGGUUGGAGAAGGAAUUAAAAAUGUUCUUUUUCGAGGAUCCUAUCAGCCUCCUGGCAAAGGAGGCUUAUGACGAGGCGGUAAGGAGGAAGGAAAGAGGAGAAUCCGAAGAGAAGGAUUCUCGUAUCGCAACCAUGGCUAUUCGGAAUGUCAUUCUAUAG